AUGAGUCUCGUCUUGCCUGGACAAACUGUUGCUAGAGGAGUUGCAAAUGGGGAAGGCACGACCACAAAAGGCGAUUUUGUUAUCUCGACUAGAACAGGCAUUUUUGAUCCCAAGACAAUAUCUGUUAGGUUCCCAGAGAAGAUAGAAGAAACAGGAAUUUUACCGAAAGUUGGGUCUCUUGUUCUGGCCCGGGUCACAAGGAUUAAUGUUCGACAAGCAACGGUUAGUAUAAGUGUUGUGGAUGACAUCUGCGUAAAAGAAGAAUUUCAAGGAGUCAUUCAUGUUCAGGAUAUCCGUGCUACUGAGAAAAAUAAAGUGAAAGUCCAAAACUCUUUUCGACCAGGUGAUAUUGUUCGAGCUUUGGUGCUUUCUCUGGGAGACGGAUCAGCUUAUUUCUUGACCACAGCGCGCAAUGACUUGGGCGUUGUAUUUGCCCAAUCGAGUGAAACCGGUGAACAGAUGUUCCCAGUUGAUUAUCAACAUAUGCAGACAGGAUCCGGAUUUACCGAACAAAGGAAAUGCGCAAAGCCUAUUUUGGAUGAAUAA